UUCUCCAAGAGCAAGUUAUGAGGGACAUGUCAGUUUUUUUUAGUGGAUGUCGCAAUCUCCAGCUUUUAUCUAUUCACGUCGCGUUGGACAAGGGAGAUGACAUUGAUACGAUGCAUGAAGUACAUUGUUCUUCUCUUGAGCAUCUUGUACCGUCGGAAGGCUACGAACGGUAUAUGUUCAAAUGCCCUCUUUGCUUGGAAAGCUAUGACUACGCCUUCGUCGUACGGUCGGAAAAUAUGGCAGCACGUAUAUUUGCGGAGAAGCUUCCAAAUCUUUCAGAGAUCCGUUGGCUGGACUUAUGGGCAUGGGAUAACUUCGAUGAGGGUUGUCAACGGCGGAUCAAAAUUACCCGACAGGGGAACGCAACAAAAUUGAUAAGAGAUGACGAACGGGAAGAGUCGCGUAUUGUAUUGUAACUAAUUAUUAUUAUACCUUACCAUGACCCUUAUUUCCACGGAGGACUCAGAAGUCUCAGCUCAAAUACGGGUGUAAUUCAU